CAUAGGCGUCAGCAUUUUUUGAGCUCCCCAGGUGUUUCCAAUUUGCAGAAAUUUGGGAACGGCUGCCGUUUGGCUUACUGAUGUGUCAUAAUAACAUUUGCCCAUCCACCUAUCUUUACCAGAGAUGGAACCUGGAUGCCUCAUGAGCGAAUGAAAGCCAGAUAACUAAGGUGCACAUUUUUCUGUCUCAUCUCGUGGCUCGCAUCCAAAUCUCUUCAAAUCUCUUCAAGGGGAGAGGGAUGGGAGGGAGUCCUGACCCCUACUGCCUGCGCACAGCUGUUAAGGUUUAAGGAGACCCUUAGGUAUAUAGGGAGGGCUGACACUUCCACUUGCAGCGACUGCUGGGCCUGCCAGAGGAGAAGCCGAGAGCCGGGAAAACCAGCCCUUCCGGGGCGCUGGGCUCGGGACAGAGGCCGAAGACGCGCCGGGAGGGAAGACCGGCAGCUGGAUCGUCCCCUGGGGCCGUACAACGGCCUGGCCCGCGCGGCUCGGGUGGGCGCUGUCUGUGUGCGCGCUUUGCCCUUGCCCGCCCUCCCCGCUGCGACCCCAGCCUAGGGCAGGAGCAGAGCCCAGGCGCAGUGGCCCGGGGCGAGGAGGGCCCGCCCCGCCGCUCGCCGCCAUGGAGUCAUGGCCGCCUGGCGCCUCUGGGCCCGCGGAGGCCGGGCGUCGCCUGCGCGCCUUGCGCGGCGCCGACUUGGCGGCCUCGGCCUCGUUGCUGAGCGGGGCCGGGGCCGAAGCCGGGUGCAGCGCGCCGGCCGUGGCGGCCGUUUUGCCGGCGGGGGGGAGCGGGGAGAGGAUGGGCGUCCCCACCCCGAAGCAGUUCUGCCCCAUCCUGGAGAGGCCGCUCAUCAGCUACACCCUGCAGGCCCUGGAGAGAGUAUCUUGGAUAAAGGACAUUGUUGUGGCAGUAACUGGAGAGAACAUGGAAGCAAUGAAGUGUAUUAUUCAGAGGUACCAGCAUAAAGGCAUCUCUCUGGUUGAAUCUGGAGUGACCCGCCACAGGUCAAUUUUCAAUGGACUAAAAGCACUGGCAGAGGAUCAGCCCAACUGUAGACUCUCAAAGCCAGAAGUAGUGAUUAUCCAUGAUGCUGUGAGACCAUUUGUGGAGGAAGAUGUCCUCCUUAAAGUUGUCACAGCUGCUAAGGAACAUGGGGCUGCAGGAGCAAUCCGACCUCUUGUAUCUACUGUCAUCAGUCCAUCUGUAGAUGGCUGCUUAGACCACUCACUGGAACGUGCGAGACACAGGGCAAGUGAAAUGCCACAGGCCUUUCUAUUUGACGUGAUCUAUGAAGCAUAUCAGCAGUGUAGUGACUAUGACUUGGAAUUUGGAACUGAGUGUUUGCAUUUGGCUCUAAAAUACUGUCACAUCAAAGCCAAACUUAUAGAAGGAUCUCCUGACCUCUGGAAGGUGACCUACAAACGAGAUCUGUAUGCAGCUGAAUCGAUUAUUAAGGAAAGAAUUUCACAACAAAUUUGUGUAGUUAUGGACACAAAAGAAGAUGAAGAACAUGUAGGUUAUCGUCUUGAAGAAAUGCUAAAAAAUGAAUUAAAUCAUGUAAAAGUCACAUCUGGCAGAGAUCUUCAGCAAAUCAUCUUAGAGCAAUGCUACAAUUUUGUUUGUGUGAAUGUUAUGACCUCUGAUUUUGAAGAAACCCAGAAAUUACUGAAUAUGCUUGAAGAGAGUAAUCUUUCCAUUUUAUAUCCUGUUGUUGUUAUUUCGGUGCAAUUUCUUGAUUAUGAAUCAGUACCAUUUGGUCAGAAAAUGGAAAACCUAAUGCAGAUUAGAGAAUUUGCCAAGGAAGUGAAAAAAAGAAAUAUUUUAUUAUAUGGCCUUCUCGUAUAUUACCCACAGGAUGAACAGAAGCUACAGGAAAGUUUAAGGCAAGGUGCCACCAUUAUUGCUGCCUUAAUCAAAGAAAGAAAUUCCGGACUCAUUGGUCAACUACUGGUAGCAUAAAGAACAUGAAGAAAAUUACCUACUGUGUUCUUAGAAACAUUUACCUAAGUAUCUCUUUUGUGCUUCUCUCCGAAUUGUAUAUGGUAGAAUGUUUAAGUUGUAUUUUAUGUCUUUUAUAAUUUGGAGGAUGUGAUGCUUAGGUGAACUUAAAAACUUUUUAUGCAUGUCAAAUAUAAAUUGCUUAAACCGGAAAAGAACAGAUAAGUGGAAAAUAAUAGCCUUCACAUAAAGAAUGUGUGCCUUUUCACAAAGGCAUGAAAGGUAAAAUAGAAAUAAUGAUGAGUCAGCUAAUUCUCCAAGGAAUGAGAAUUUAGGAAAUGUCAACUAUUAUCUCUCUGUUAAUUAGUAAAUCACACUAUAAUGAAACUAAUAAAUAAGAUUAAUGAGUAUUGUUAAUUCUAACAUUAUCCUCUCUCCAUGGGUUAUUUUGAAUUGCAUUCCAAUUUUUCACACCUUAAAAAAAAAGGAGAUAGCAGUGAACUCUGGUUUGAGUAUCUGUACCAUUAGCCUCACAUUACCCUAGAUCUCUAAAGGAGAUGUAAUCUCCUGCUUUUCUAAUGUUUUAAAAUUGUAUGUUUUCCUUGGUUUAUGAAAUAUAGUUUUGACUUACAUUAUUUUUAAAGGCUUCUGAUUUUUCUGAAUAACUUUAAAAGAAGACUGGAAAGCUUCAUGAAAGUGACGUUAUUUUGGUUAAUCUUAAGUUAGUCUUCUUCUAAAAGGAAGAGAGUCCAUUGCACAUAAAAUAAUUUUCUUUUGAUACGGGUAACUGCUGCCUUUUUAAAUCGAGUUCUUAUUCUUUCAAAUUUCCACUGGUAUAUACAUCUUAAAUAUUGAUGAUUUUUCCCUUACCUUAUAUUUUACAGUUUUGUCAAUCCAGUCAUUAGAGAUGCCUUUUAUUCUAUAUAUACACUUCAUAAAAACACAUAGAUCAGAUUAUGCCAGGGCUUAGGCUGCACGUGGGAACUAUAGAAAUUGCAUGAAAUGUUUUCAGUUAAAGAUAGACUACGAGGGCUUCCCUGGUGGCGCAGAGGUUGAGAGUCCACCUGCCGAUGCAGGGGACAUGGGUUCGUGUCCCGGUCCGGGAAGAUCCCACAUGCCGCGGAGCGGCUGGGCCCGUCAGCCAUGGCUGCUGAGCCUGUGCAUCCGGAGCCUGUGCUCCACAACGGGAGAGGCCACAACGGUGCGAGGCCCGCGUACGGCAAAAAAAAAAAAAAAAGACUACAAAAUAUCUACCUUGUGCAGUCUCUUCUUAACAUGUUGGGUGAUUUUGCCUUCAUUUCUCAAGUAUCCAUAAUAGUAGGAGAGUUUAUAUUUUACAUUUAAAUAAUAGUGAGUAGAAUAUAGAGGAAAUGAAGUAAUUAUUGCAAUUCAUUCUCCUAAAUGAAAUGUGUUGUUUGAAUGAAUGUAGGCUUAGAUCUCAAUUCCUGGGCUCGCCACUUUUUCUCUCUUUCUCUAGGGAUUUUAAGAAAUAUAAAUCAUUUAAUUAAAAAUCUUGAGGGUGGAAAUAUAUGGGCAGUGUGUGGAUUUUGGUUAGAAUGUCUGUUGUCGUUAAGGCAGGUUGGCUACGUUGUAAAAGGUCAUAGGUGUGUGUUUUGACAUCUUCAGGUGGAAAUGUUUUAAGAAUUUGAAAUGUGCUCAUAAAGGCAAAAGGGGAAAAGUUACGAAGAUUUUAAGGAGAAAAUCAGUGCCUUUAGGUACGUGAUGGGAAACUAGGCAGUCUCUGGCACAAGCAUCACUGUAUCUAUUGAGUAAUGACUGAGUUACCUUAGAUUUCAACAGAAGGGAAUAUUAUACCAGACAAGAAUUUAUCUUGGGACAGUUAGUAUGCCUUUACCCUAGGCAAUUGUAAACAUUUAGUGUUAUGAGAUUUAGUUAAUAAAAUAUUAAGAUGACGAUGUCUGAAAUCAUCAUCAUCAUCAUCAUUAUGGCAUUUAAUUUUUUUCUUUAUAGUUUACAAAGUGAUUCACAGCAUUGAAAAUAAUUUAAAGAAAUCUCCUCACAUCCUUUACAAUUUAGAUGGAAAUUGAGGCUCAGGGAUCCUCACUACCUUCUCCAAAGACACAUGUUAAACUCAGGACCACGGAGAAUAAGUUUUAAGCUCAUUUCCUCUAUAACAAUGAUUGCAGGCAAAGGACAUCCAGCAGAGAGGCCUUCGGAAAUGAGCCAGAGGCUCCGAAUGAGCGUUGGAGGAAUGGACGAGGAGGGACAGAUCAGUCCAGUGACCUGAGGAAAGUCCUGAAGCUUUUGGCUUUCCAGCCAUCUUUCCAACAUACAGAAAUUGUAGCUAAGGAUAAAGGGAAUGAAGAGAAUUAUUGGCCAGGAAGGAAAGAUAAAUUAAUUGAUUAUUUUAUUUGUUAAGAGAUCCAGAGGCAACUUUACAGUUAUAUAUUCAUCUCCACUUUGGGAAACUUAAUUACUUUCAUGAAAACUGUCCAUUUUCACUUUACUUUUCAAAAUCCCUUUAAAAAUUAUACUAAGUAUGCCUGAGGGUUGCUGAAAUUGCUUUCUACCUGUGCAAAUUUUGUGGAAAGGAUGUUUUCUUUUUAAAUGUAUGCUACUUAAUUACAUGCAAUUUAAAGUUAACCUUUUUAGGAAGUUAACACAGCAUGAUCGGUAGUUUGAUUAAUGACGUAUUGGUAAGAGGUAGUAUUUUUUUUUUCAUGAGAGUGCUCAAUUUGAGAGAUGACUUCUUGCAAAUAGACUCAACUACAGAUGAAAGUCAGACCCCUAUAUUCUACCAAGACCUCAGACCCCUAUAUUCUACCGAGAGCCAUUCUUAUUGUGGUCACUUUAAGCAUUUUGCAUUGGUUUACCAGGAAAACGCUCUUUUCCUAUGCUAGUUUACUGUACAUUUGACCCUUGAACAGCACAGGUUUGAAUUGCACUGGUCCAAUACGUGUUUUUUUUUCAGCAGUAGCUAGGAAGGAACCAUGGAUACAGAAGACUUACUAUAAAUUAUGCACAGAUUUUUGACUGCUGGGAGGGUCAACAGCUUUAAUCCCUGUGUUGUUCGAGGGUCAUCUGUAAUUAUACCUAUCAAAUUUUACGUUUUAUAUAUAUAUAAAUACAAUAUUGAUUUUAUAAAAAUCAAGUUGUAGUACAUUUUCUUAUGUUAAAUAUGUAAAUUUUACUUCAUUUUAAUAUUGAAACUAACUAUAUCAAGAAAACAUGAUAAUAGUUUAAUUAAAAUGUGAAGAAAGCCGUUUGAGAUAAGAAAGAUUGAAAUUGUUUUAAAAGUUUAAUUCAAAAAUAAACAGAAUAAAUGAAAAAUACAUAUUGUUUUAGGGUUUAUUAAUAUGGUUUAAAAUACGUGGACAAGAAGUGGCUGUGUAGCUGGUGUUUGGCAUUGUAACAUUAAUAGAUGUUCUUGUGUGGUUUUAGUUUCAAAACUGUGAAAAGGUAUGGAUCUUUUUCAAUGAAAAGUAAGAAACUACCAUUAAAUAUUUUAAAUGUUCUCUUUACACAACAAAAUGUAGGUAAUUGAUAACUAAAUUAUUGAUAUUUUAAAAUCUAAUGACAAUUUUCAUUGAUAUUUAGUGUAUAUGUACAUAUUUUUCAAACUGACUCAGUCUCAACUGAAUAACUGAACAGAACAUUCUCAAAAUAUAAGUGUGAUCUUUUACAUUAGAGGAAAAUAGAAUUUGAGAUUCAGAUAUAUUAUUCUGUAAAAUAUAUUAAAAAUUUGCAAAACCAGAAGUCUCAGCCAGAUUUUUUCUCUUUCCCUCAUAUUUAGCAGGUUUACCAGCAAUUACUGUGGCAGCUAAGGAUAUAAAAGCUAUACUUAGGCACAGUGGAAAAGAAUAUUGUGACCACUUAAUAAUGUCUGCAUGGGUGUGGUGGGUUGAAUUACUAUUUAGCAAUAUUCUUUCCCUCCAUUUAGUUUCCAUAUGAGGAAUAUAUGUCCACUUCAUGACUUUGGGAUUCAUCCUGUGACCUGCUUUGACCAACAGAGUGAGUCACAAGUGGCAGUGCACCGCUGAGACUAGGCUUAAGAGACCCUGCAUGUUGCUGCUUGCUCUCUCCCACUUCUGCCACCACCAUGAUGUACACACCCCGCCUGGCCUGCUGCCUCCCAAAGGAAAAACGAGAGCCGGGAUCACCUGACCUCCAGCUAAUUAACAAAUGGAUGCAGAAGCCCAGCUGAGAUCAGCAGGGUCUCCAGCAGACAGGUUGUGUGUUUGAAACAGCUCCUAAGCCUGAGGGUCUGCAAGCUGCAGGAAGACGAGACCGCCCGGGGCAGCCUGCAAGCCGUGAUUCUUGCCACGAACCCUGCUGCUGCUGUUGUGGAAUCCGGCUUCCCCCACCGUCCUGCAGCACGGACAUUUAGGACCACUGGCAUUCAUCUGUGAUGCCUGAGAAAUUCAUAUUCUGGUCAAAGGAGAAAAUGAAGAAAGAUGCGUCAAUAAGCAUCAGAAAAGUGAAAGAAACAACCCAAACAAAAGGCUGAUUCUCAUGGCUACAGACAGAGCUAAAAUUAAGUGGGAAUUGGAAGAACAGAGGAGAAAAACUGGAUUUUUGCCACCAAUCUUCAUCCUUCCCUAACCCUGAAGACCAUUUUUCAAGACUGUGGCAAUACAGGUCUCCUUAGAAAUAACUGAUGAGAUAGAGGAACAAAGAAUACAAGCCAAAUGUCCUGUAAAUCUCGGAGCAGAAGCUCUCUGACCCAAGCAGACAUUGUUAUGACAUCCUGUAUCAGGAUUCAUAAAAUUCCCGAAGGUAACCACAUAUUUCAGGCCAAGGAUACCUCUGGAAACAUUUGUCAUUUGUUCAGCUUUUAAGAAUGGCUUUGUGUUAGAUUUGCAUGAAUGGCAUUGAAUAUUAUAGUUUUGGUAAAUGACCUAACUGUCGAGAGUAACAUAAUGUAAAUGGUUUGUUUCAAAAUAACAUUUUUCUGUACCUUAGUAGCUUCUUAAACCUUCAGCAAUGUUAAUAAUUCGAUUUGGAGACAUGUCUGACUGGGAGAAAAUUCUAUCUCCCAUGAGUCACUUCAGUCACCUUCCUAGUUGAUGGGGCAAAAGUACCCAUUUCAAAAGUGAGUGUAGAAGCACCGCAGAGUGAAUGAAGAGCUGGACGAGGAAGUUGAAGACUGGAUGCUAAGUCUUGGCUCUGUCACUUAGCAUAUAUGUGAUACUGGCUGAGUUAUAAGUAGCUGUUCUGAUCCUCAGUGUCAGAACUUGUAUUUAUGAUUCUCCCUACCUGACCUGCCUCCUCAGGAAUAAGAUAAUGAACAUGAAAUCUCAUUAUACUCCAAGAUGCCAAACACGUUUGAGAUGUUACACUCAAGUAUCUAGGUAGAUGUCAAAGAACUCGAGAAUGAUGUCAUUCAGAAACAGGAUUUGGAAGGAUAAUGGCUAUGAAAAUAAAAAGAUGAGAGAAUGGUGAUUGGAAGGGAAGAAGAAGCACUUACAAUAUUAGCAGAAUCAGAAGUCCUAAAGUGAAAAUCUGCAACUAGGAGGAAAGAAAGACGAGAAUGCUGUAACCACUUGUGACUUUUGUUCCUUUGGCUAAGAACUACAGUGUGUUUUUUAAGUGAAGUCUGCUGUUGCUUAAGAUUGUCAAUGAGUGAGCCCGGGAAGAGCUAUCCUAAGCCCGGGAAGAGCUUAUUAUAAGCCCGGGAAGAGCUAUCCUAAAAAGGCUUUAUUGGCUGACUGUUCUGGAAUGGUGAUCAAUUAAAAAUAUUUUUACCUGUGCCCUUGACUAAGACAGUUUUGCUGAGCCUAGAUGUUGUAGCCAAGAAGAAAAAGCAGGGCUUCCCUGGUGGCGCAGUGGUUGAGAGUCCGCCUGCCGAUGCAGGGGGCGCAGGUUCGUGCCCCGGUCCGGGAGGGUCCCACAUGCCGCGGAGCGGCUGGGCCCGUGAGCCUUGGCUGCUGGGCCUGUGCGUCCGGAGCCUGUGCUCCGCAACGGGAGAGGCCACAACAGGGAGAGGCCCACGUACCGCAAAAAAAAAAAAAAAAAAAAAAAAAGGAAAAAAAGAAAA